CUGUAUGUCGUGUUUAUUACAUGCGCCAGCGACUAUCCACGAAAUUUGCACUCCGAAACCCCUCGCGCGUCGUCUGCAUCGGCACUCCAUUGUAAUUAGGAUUGAGCCUCACGAAUUUCUCGUCCAUCAUCGCAAUCAGUGACAUCCCGAUGCCGUCGGGCUCGCCACCGUUGAUUGGUUGCCUAUGGUUGGGCGACCAUGUAACGCCUCUUUCUCGACUUGCUUGGGGGCAUGUCUUAAAUCAUCAGCCUUCUCACCCACACCUUGAGACUACAGCUCUACCAUGUUAUCUUUCCUCUUGGCCAGACUAUGCCCAGCUGGCUUGGUUGAUCACGCGAAGAGUUGACAUGUACAUGUCCAUACUUUUCGAUACUCCCACUCUCUACCAUUUGCCCACGAGCCCACGUCUGGUACCCCCAUGCUUACCAUGCCAAGUGGCGCAGUCCAAUCCUCGUCGAGUUUGGAGUCGAUUUAUUCUCCAAUCCCUGCGCACAGGCAGCGCUCCGGCGCAGUCGACCGUUUGCGUUGAUGGUCUUAUCAGUGGACCAUGUCCGGCCGAGGGUUUCUUUCCGAUCUACCCUUGGUACGAAGUACGUACCUCCUGCUAUCUAGGGAUGGGAUCUAAUGGGUGUAAUCAAAUCAAGUGUAUGAGAUCCUUGGUACCGGGUCACGGCGGCGCGCGGAGCGCCAUCUUGGGCGAAUGUAACCCCCCGAGACUCACAUCAGUGAAUUCUCCAUGAGAGCUCCCUGUUCGUAUUUAGCCUACUGAGAUCCCCGGCAUUCUGGCCUAGGAAAUUUAUUUGACUUUCUCUCACUUCUCCUCUUCAUCCGUCCUCGUACUACCGCAUAGACGCGUGGCGCCUUGGGCAAGUGUCCCCAGUCUCGUUGGACUGUCAGCGUCAGUCAGUGUCAGUCGACCAAAAGCGCCAACGGAUCCCCGGUUCAACAACAGUCGCGACUCGAC